AUGCACUUCGCCAGACCGCUCAUUGCCUUCUUUUUAGCAUUGGUAACAUUUUCCAGCGCAGCUACAUAUUCAAAUCCCCUUAAAACGAAAGAUGGGUCCGAUCCACAUAUCGCAUGGUCGGGAGGGUAUUAUUAUUUGAUGACGACAACGUGGUCGAAUCUUCAAAUUACCCGAGCGAAAACGCUGAACGGGCUGAAGACUGGAGAAACGAAGGUUGUCUGGACGGACAGCACAUCGUCAAGAUGCUGCAACGUUUGGGCGCCAGAACUUCACUACUUUGAUGGCGCUUGGUAUAUCUAUUACACCGCAGGGAAUAGUGCGAAUCUGGACGGUCAACGUCCCCAUGUUCUGAAGGGCGGUGCCACUCCUUGGGACAGCUUCAGCUACCUCGCCCAACUAACGAACACCUGGGGCAUUGAUGGUAGCAUCCUACGUUUCAGUUCAUGGGGCAACUACUUCGUCUACUCUUGCUUCUCCGGCUCUCUCCAGUCUCUCUGCAUCGCUCCCCUUAUAUCUCCGGGGCAAAUUGGCACAUCGAAAGUCCUAUCCACGCCGACGCAGUCCUGGGAAAAGGUCGGGAAUCCAGUCAUGGAGGGCCCUGCUGCCAUGUAUCAUGGAGGAAAAACGUUUCUCGCUUACUCUGCGAGCUAUUGCUGGACAAGUUCCUACUCUCUUGGUCUUCUUACUUGGAAUGGGUCUGGUGAUCCGGCAUCAUCCAGUAGUUGGAGUAAAACAGGCCCGUUCUUGACUAGUGCAAAUGGGAAUUACGGACCCGGGCAUAAUGGGUUCUUCCAAAGUCCGGAUGGGAGCCAGAUCUGGAAUGUCUACCAUGCCACAUCCAACAGCGGUGGUGCUUGCGAUGGUACGCGAUAUACUAUGGGACAAAUCGUGAAUUGGAAUUCGGAUGGAUCGCCGAACUUUGGUUCUCCGGCGAAGUUGGGAACUAGUUUAACGGGCCCUGCGGGGGAGUAG